AUGGCUUCCUCGGAGAUCGACCAGAAGUUCCUUGGGAAGCUCGCCAAGGCAGUUGAACCAGACAACCCUUUAUUGGCGUCCGUCUUGUUCAGGAUACUGGGCCUCUCCAUCAACCUCUCGGCCCAGCUGAUCAAGGCACGGAAACAGCGGCGACAAGAUGCCGCCCAAGCAGCAUCCAGUUUGGACCUGACCUACCAUAUCGUAUGGCUUUCGCGCGAAGGACUGGUCUUGCUCCAACAAUACGUUUUGCCCAUGGUCGGGAAUUAUGUCGAACUCAAAGUACUGGCGUACAAGCUGCGUGCUUCGUUUUACCACAUUUUUGUCCUCUUCCACAACUCACCACCCGUCCCCGCCAUGGGCCCCAACACCCCGGAAACCUCGUCAACCACCGCACCGGGCUCAUCAGCACGCGUCGACAAGGGAAAAGGGAUCGCGAGGGACGAGGACGGGAGCACGUCCAAGGGCGGGCCGGUCGGCCCUCCACCGGGCUUCGGACCCACACCACCAACAGCCUUCCUCAUGAGGCCCGGCGACUAUCUCCCAGAAGCGCAUCAAUACUUCCGAGAGGCCGUCCAGCUCGCCGACGAAUUAUUAUGGGGGUCGCAUUCGCUCCGGCUGUCCGUCAAGACCGAGUACGCGGCCUUCCUGUACGAGUGCGUCCACGACGUCGAGAGCAGCCGGCAGAUCGCGAAGGAGACCAUCGCGGAGGUCUACGAGGCCACCGAGGGCAUCGACAACGACAUGUUCAACGACGCGUGCGAGCUGGUGACGGUGUUGGGGAAGAUGAUGAAGCGCGGGCUGGGGUCCAACACAACCCUGCGGAGCAAGGCGCACGGGUCGAGCAUAGGGACACAGGGGACGCAGGGGACACAGGGGACGCAGGGGACACAGGGGACGCAGGGGACACAGGGGACGCCGCAGACGGAGCAGACCGAGGCGAGCGCGCCACCAGGCAUGAUAUAG